CCCGAUAGCAACGCUCAUCUACGUGUGGGGGGGCAUAGCACCUGCAGCCACCACCAGCUUGCAUUGCACAUAGCAUUUCCAAGGACGACGACGACACGCGCGCGGGCAGCCAUGGACAGCAAGGUCUGCGUCUUUCAGCUGGCGCUGCUCGGUGUCGCGCUCGCCGCACUCGCCGGCCCUAACAUCGCCGGCGGCAUCAUGGAGGUUGGGCUAGCCAGUAGUAGGGCUACCGGCGCGGCGCACGCGGCGCGGCAGAUGAUGGCUCAAGCGACGACGACGAUGUCGGUGAUGGAAUUGGAGGUGCGCCGCCGCAUCCUCGACAGCAUCAGCUCCUCGUCCUCGCUCAAUCCUGACCGCGCUGCCUGCCUCGGAGCGUGUCCAGGUCGCGGCCGGCCGUACACCAGCCGUAGUUGCCAGCAUGUGUACCAGUGCCCUAGCUCCUGAACACACCCAUGCAUGGACGUGCGUGCUUCGUUCCUACUCCAGUCCGGCCGGCGGCAGCUCGUCCAGCAGUGCAUCCGAUUUUUUUUUUGUCUUUGUUUUUAAUUACCAUCGUAAGAGCUAGCCAAACGCAUGAUGUGUGCCGUUGUUGCAGCAACAACGAUAUAACCUGUAUACCAGCGCAUCAGCCUAGCUACUAGUCCAAAACUGUUGGCAUUCGUCUUUUGUUGCAUUUGGACUUCCCAAACUUCUCCAAAUGCACGGUGUCGAAGAGAUUAAUUAGGACGC